UGAGGGAGGCAUGAGGAAGUGGUGACAGGAUGGACAGAGAGAGAUGAGGGUCAGGCCUGUGUGUGUGUUGGGCUCCUGCUAGUGCUGUGGGUCUCUCCCCACGUGGAUGCUGGACAGAAGGGUCACCUCAGCAAAGGGGUGUCUCACUCAAGGCCGCCCCUAGAAAUCGAGGAGGGGCCUGGGCAGGGCUGGGCAGAGCAUAGGCACCCUGAGCUUCCAGCCACUGAGCUGUCUGGAGGGCCUGCCAGUCUGCAUGGAGAUCUGGCACUGAGCUCUGUUGCUUUUGGCCAAGGCCUGUUGCAAAACUCCCGGAGCACAGAACAGGGGGCGGAGGAAAGCGCAAAGGGAAAAGCAAGAAGUGGAAGGAAAUCCUGAAGUUCCCUCACAUUAGCCAGUGUGAAGACCUCCGGAGGGCCAUAGACAGAGAUUACUGCAGUUUAUGUGACAAGCAGCCAAUUGGGAGGCUGCUUUUCCGGCAGUUCUGUGAAACCAGGCCUGGGCUGGAAUGUUACAUUCAGUUCCUGGACUCAGUGUCAGAAUAUGAAGUUACUCCAGAUGAAAAACUGGGAGAAAAAGGGAAGGAAAUUAUGACCAAGUUCUUCACCCCUAAGUCCCCAGUGUUCAUCGCCCAAGUUGGCCAAGACCUGGUCUCCCAGACAGAGGAGAAGCUCCUGCAGAGGCCGUGCAAAGAACUCUUCUCUGCCUGUGCACAGUCUGUCCAUGACUACCUGAGGGGAGAACCAUUCCAUGAGUACCUGGGCAGCAUGUACUUUGACCGCUUUCUCCAGUGGAAGUGGUUGGAAAGGCAACCAGUGACCAAAAACACUUUCAGGCAGUAUCGAGUGCUAGGAAAGGGGGGCUUUGGAGAGGUCUGCGCCUGCCAGGUUCGGGCCACGGGUAAAAUGUACGCCUGCAAACGCCUGGAGAAGAAAAGGAUCAAGAAGAGGAAAGGGGAAUCCAUGGCACUCAAUGAGAAGCAGAUUCUGGAGAAGGUCAACAGUCGGUUUGUGGUCAACCUGGCCUAUGCCUACGAAACCAAGGACGCGCUGUGCCUGGUCCUGACCAUCAUGAAUGGGGGUGACCUGAAGUUCCACAUUUACAACAUGGGCAACCCCGGCUUCGAGGAGGAACGGGCCUUGUUCUACGCAGCUGAGAUCCUCUGUGGCUUGGAGGACCUCCACUGUGAGAACACCGUCUACAGAGAUUUGAAACCUGAAAAUAUCCUGUUAGACGAUUAUGGCCACAUCAGGAUCUCAGACCUGGGCCUGGCUGUGAAGAUCCCUGAAGGAGAGCUGAUCCGCGGCCGGGUGGGCACCGUGGGCUACAUGGCCCCAGAAGUCCUGAACAACCAGAGGUACGGCCUGAGCCCUGACUACUGGGGCCUGGGCUGCCUCGUCUACGAGAUGAUUGAGGGCCAGUCGCCAUUCCGGGGCCGCAAGGAGAAGGUGAAGCGAGAGGAGGUGGACCGCCGGGUCCUGGAGACGGAGGAGGUGUACUCCCACAAGUUCUCCGAGGAGGCCAAGUCCAUCUGCAAGAUGCUGCUCACCAAGGAUGUGAAGCAGAGGCUGGGCUGCCAGGAGGAGGGGGCAGCCGAGGUCAAGAGACACCCCUUCUUCAGGAACAUGAACUUCAAGCGCUUAGAAGCUGGGAUGUUGGACCCUCCCUUUGUUCCAGACCCCCGGGCCGUAUACUGUAAGGACGUGCUGGACAUCGAGCAGUUCUCCACUGUGAAGGGCGUCAACCUGGACCAUACAGAUGACGACUUCUACUCCAAGUUCUCCACAGGCUCCGUGUCCAUCCCAUGGCAAAACGAGAUGAUAGAGACAGAAUCCUUCAAGGAGCUGAAUGUAUUUGGACCUAAUGGCACCCUCUCGCCGGAUCUGAACAGGAGUCACCCACCAGAACCGCCCAAGAAAGGGCUGCUACAGAGGAUCUUUAAACGUCAGCACCAGAACAAUUCCAAGAGUUCGCCCAGCUCCAAGACCAGUUUUAAUCACCACAUAAAUUCAAACCACGUCAAUUCUAACUCCACGGGCAGCAGCUAGUUUUGGCUCUGGCCUUGAGGUCCGCGGUGGAAGCAGCCCGGACCCUCCUGCUUAGAGGGGGAACCAGCGGAGCUUCUGCUCUGGCCGGGUGGCCAGGGCAGCCGUCCGGGAGCUGAGGAAGGAGGCCGUCCACCUGUCGACAUAGAACCUCGAGGUUUCUCAAAGAAAUUUCCACUCAGGUCUGUUUUCCGAGGCGGCUCCAGCCGGGGUGGACUGGAUUACUGUUGUCAAACAUUGCAAUAGACGUCCAAUUGGAUAUGACAACUUGCACGUAUUUUAAUACCGUCCUAACUAGAACUGAAUUUUGUCUUAUUAUUAUUUUUAAAGAAAAGUUUUGUAAAUUUCUCUAUUGUCUCAGUUUACAUUUUGUAUAUUUGUAUUUAAAUGAAAGUCUGACUUUGAGGGUGUAUAUUUUCUCUGCAGCCACUGUCAAGCCAUGUGUUUUAAGACAUUUUAGGGGGGAGGGGUUUACCAAAAAUAAUGUGACUCAAGACUUCCAGAGCCUCAAAUGAGAAAAUGUUUUUAUUAAAUGUAGAAAAUGAUUCA